AUGCGGUCCCGUAGCAACAGUCUGGAGGACGUAACCAAGGCCAAGGCGGAACAGCAGCAGCAGGCGGACACGCGCAAGCGAUCCGUAGAGCGAGAGGAGCCCUCGGGAAGGGCCGAGCGCCGCAGCCGACACCGGGAGCCGCCGGACGACACCGGCACCAUUCAGCGGAACCACAAGACGGCCAAGAACAGCUCCUGUGCUGGUGGGAGUGGGAGUGGGAGUAGCAGCGCCAGUGGAGCUGCAAAAGGAGGUCGGAGGGAGAAGGGCAGGGAUCUUUCCCGAGAUGACCUCGUCUUUCUACUGAGCUUGCUGGAGGGGGAGCUGCAGGCCAGAGAUGAAGUGAUCACAGUGCUGAGGGCAGAGAAAAUGGACAUGGCCCUGCUGGAGGCCAAAUAUGGCUUUGUCUCUCCACAGCCAGUCCUGCAGUCUCUGCAGAGAGACGCCAUCCAGGGCAAGGCUGAGAUGUUCGAGGAGGACAUCUACGAGAAGCCCAUGAUAGAGCUGGACAAGUUAGUGGAGAAGCAGAGGGAGACGCACCGGCGGAUGUUGGAGCAGCUGUUGAUGGUUGAGCAGUCGCACAAACAGGCCCUGUACAAGCUGGAGGACGAGAAGAGGAACCACGGAGAGUUCAUGAAGAAGAGCGACGAGUUCACCAACCUGCUGGAGCAGGAGCGUGAGAGGCUGGAAGGAAGCGACAGCGAGAAAACUCGCACAUUAUGUCCUCGUCGCUGGCAGCUGCGGAGUCUGAACAAUGAGCCUGUGCCUGUCCUCGCGGCCAACUCGGUGUCGAGAUAG